UAAACUGCAGGUACAGGUAAACUGAGACACCUGAGAGGAGACUCACCUGCAGAGGAACAGCCAGCGGCUAGCAGCAUGGAGCAACAGCGGCAGCAGCAGAAGAAGAAACCCGCGGUUCCUGCAGACCUGCCGAGGGGGAAUAAGUCUCGCCGGUCGGAAGAUAAGACCCAGCAGAGGACCCUGCGCCUCGACGUCGACAAGCCGUGCAGUGUGGUGUGUGUGGUGGGCACUGAGCUGAGAGCGGACCUGUACAGAUGUGCCCCCAUCCAGAGCAAGUUCUUCUCAGUAAAAUGUACCUCAGCUGUGAAUUGCCGGCUUAUGCCAGCCACAGUGGCUGGGGGCUCGCUCCUCUCUGCGCAGCCCCUCACCCGAAACUCUGUGCUUUUCAUCUCCAUGGAUGCUGCCAGUGAGCUGCCCAAUGAAAGCAAGUUAUCUGUGAAGUUCUAUGGAAGCAAGACGGAGACUCUUGGAAUUGCUGUGCUACAUCUCACAGCAGUUGAGAUUUCUCUGGAUGUUGAUGCAGAUCGAGAUGGUGUUGUUGAGAAGAGCAAUCCAAACAAGGCUUCAUGGAAGUGGGGUCCUAAUGGUCACGGAGCCAUUCUUCUGGUCAAUUGUGACUCUGAGUCCUUCUUUAUGAAUAAGAAAGUGGACAAUGAGAAUGAGGAGAUCAAUCGAGUCUCUGAUUUAAAGGACAUGUCCAAGAUGAUCUUACGCACCAAGGGUCCUGCUCAGCUCCCGGAGGGCUAUAAACUGAGCAUGCACAUCACUCAGACGGACGCUGAGAGCGUGCGGGUGUUCAGGAACAAGGCUAGUGGGGAGACAGAUCCCAGCAAUCUGAGUACUCUGAGAAACAUGCUCUUCAAGGUAUUCGUGCAGGACUACCCUCUGGUGCUGAGUAAAAAUGAGCUGGCUGGAGAAGUUCCCUAUCUGGGUGGAAAAUCUGAACUGGAAUUCUUUGUGGAGGGUCUUCGUUUCCCAGAUAAGGACUUUGAAGGACUUGUCACCAUCAACCUCAGUCUUUUAGAGCCAAAUGCCAAGGAUUUCCCAGAGACCCCUAUUUUUACUGAUAAGGUUGUUUUCCGGGUUUCUCCUUGGAUCAUGACACCCAACACUCUCAAACCUGUGGAGGUCUUUGUGUGCAGCACCUCAGAUAACUACACAUUUCUCAAGGGCAUGAAAAGCCUGGUGCAGAAAAGCGGAUACAAGCUGAGGAUCUGCCACGAAUACAUGAACCGAGGAGAUCGCUGGAUGCAGGAUGAGAUUGAGUUUGGCUACAUUGACUCUCCACAUCAUAGCUUCCCAGUGGUGUUGGACUCUCCGCGAAAUGGAAAGCUUCAGGAUUUCCCCUAUGAUGUCUUACUGGGUCCAGACUUUGGCUAUGUAACCCGAUACGCCCCAACAGAGGAGGUGAGCAGCCUGGAUUCCUUUGGUAAUCUGGAGGUCAGUCCACCAGUCACUGUGAAUGGGAAGAAAUACCCCCUGGGCCGGAUCAUCAUUGGUGUGGCCUUUCCCACUACAGCCCAUGGCCGCAACAUGACCAAAGUGGUCCAGGACUUCCUUUGGGCUCAGAAGGUUCAGGAGCCCAUUGCCCUGUACUCUGAUUGGUUGGUUGUUGGUCAUGUAGAUGAGUUCAUGUCUUUUGUUCCUGCUCCAGAUAAAAAGGGAUUUAGACUUCUGCUGUCUAGCCCGGAUGCAGGAUAUAAAGUUUUCAGAAACUUGCAGAAAAGUGGAAAUGGAAAAGCUAAAAUGUUUCAAGGCAAGCAUGAGGAGAUCAGUGUUGAUGACCUUUUGAGCGAUAAGGAACUUCGAGCAGAGAAUGUCUAUGUACAGAACUGCAUUGACUGGAACAGAGACGUUCUGAAGAAAGAGCUGGGACUAGAUGAAGAAGACAUCAUUGACCUACCAAUCCUGUUUAAAGUGAUUCCUGAAGAGGAAAACAGAGCCGUGGCCUACUAUCCCGACAUGGUGAACAUGAUCGUGCUGGGAACAAACCUGGGCAUUCCUAAACCGUUUGGGCCGGAGGUGAACGGCAGCUGCGCCCUGGAGACAGAGAUGCGCUCCCUGUUGGAGCCGCUGGGUCUUAGCUGCACCUUUAUCGACGACUUUGCCUCCUAUCACAAGCUCCUGGGUGAAGUGCACUGUGGUUCCAAUGUGCUUCGGAAACCUUUUGAGUUCAAGUGGUGGAAGCUGGAGCUGUGAAGCGGGCUUCACAGAGGGGGAAGCUUCCUGAGCAAACCUGUAAAGCAUGUUUACAUUUACAGUAGUACUAAAAUGUAGAGUGAAUUUAGGCCUUUUUUUGGUACAACUUUAAAAGAAAACUACCUUUAUAAAGGGUUUAUAAAUGGUUUACAAUUAGUUUAUUAAUGGUUACUAAUUUGGUUGUAAAUGCCUUAAAAAUCAUUAAUAAUCAGUUAUAACACAUACGUAGAAAAGGCAACAAUAUAGAUAGCUUCACUAUUUGACAAACAACAGGUCAUUGUUGCCCUUUCUACGUAUGUGUUAUAACUGAUUAUUAAUGAUUUUAAGGCAUUUACAACCUAAUUAGUAACUAUUAAUAAACUAAUUGUUAACCAUUUAUAAAGCCUUUAUAAAGGGAGUCUUAUUUUAAAGUGGUACCCUUUUUUUUUACUUCAUCUAACACAAAUAAGGGCUGUCAAAGAAUUUUGGGGAUGUAGAUUAUCAACAGAUACUACCUACCAACCUCAGAAAAUGCUAAGGCUGAACUAUACUUUUGUGUCAAGUCAGAGCAGAGCCUACGGUGUACAUUUAGAAGUGGUCUAGAGGGAAUGAGUAUUAAAUAAAUGGGGUUGAAUGAAGAUAAAGAGCUAAAAUCCUCUAAAAAAAUGUGUAGAACUAAUUGUCCAGGAUAUUUCUUUUAUUUUAAAAAGUAAAAUUAUGCUUUUCACUAAAAAAGUGAAGAAAACUUACCCCCUAUAUUUCCAUAUUUUUUUUUUUAUACAGAAAACAGGUUUUAGGCUGUAAAGUCACUAGCAUUAUUGCUAGUGUGUGCUGAUUGGUUGGUAAGCUGAUGCUGGAGUUACAGUCAAAGCGAGUUUAAAAGCUUUCUAAAUAGUUUUUCAUUACCAAAACAUUUUAUAGUGUUCUAUGUUGAGAAAAUGAGUACAUUAUUUCAGUGUAAAAACUAUCAAACAUAUAUAAACUAUGAUUUUGCUCAAUUGCUGACUUGACACAUGUUCAAAAACAGACUGCUUUCUGGCUGCCAUUUUGUGCCUUAUUAACAAAUAAUAAAGUUUUGACUAUUUUGUUUUAAUGAACUGAAACACACAAUAUAACACAGAACCUUUUUUAUUUUACACGGCAGAAAUCAAUAAAUCAAUGUGCAUCUUUGUGAAA